AAUCUGUGAUGUUUAUUAAACAUCCCUACUUCUUAUUUGUUUGUUGUUUGGGUUUUACAGAUUGUUCGCCAGUCUGCAAAUCAUGGAUGAAGCAACUCAACCACCUACAGAGAAUUACCAGCCGAUAUCGGCCAAUCAUCCGGCUCUGACCGGCCCAGGAAAUGCUAGUGGAAAGCAUGAAGAAUUCUCUGUAGAAAAAAUUUUAGAUCGCAGAGUGAAAAACGGAAAGGUCGAAUACUUGUUAAAGUGGAAGGGAUAUUCUAAUGAUGACAAUACUUGGGAGCCAGAAGACAAUCUUGACUGUCCUGAGUUGAUAUCUGCAUAUGAGGAUGCUCGUCAGAAAAAAGAAAAGGAUACAUCAACUGUCACAAUUCAGUUGGAAGUCUUAGAUGAGAGUCUAUCUUCUAGGAAACGUGGUAGGAGGAAAAAGAAAGUUGAAGAAAUUGAAAAGCCUCGCGGUGUUGACAGAGGACUGCAACCAGAGAAGAUUCUUGCUGCACAGCUGUUCAACAGUGCAUUGUACUUCUUAGUGAAAUGGCAAGGUUGUUUAGAUGUAGACGUUGUCCUUGGUCGUGAUAUGAACACACAUUAUCCGGAGUUUGUGAUCCAAUAUUAUGAAAGCUGUGUACCAUUCAAUGUCAGACACAAGGAAGGCAGAAUACCAAGGGAAGCUCCAGAGCUUCCACCAGAAGAAAUACCCGAAACGCCUAUGGACACAUCUGAAUCUACAGAGCCAGUAGCUGAUACGUCAACUGUAGAAUCUACAACAGCAGAUCCUCCGCCCGUAGAAAUGACCCCAGAUGCAACAGAACCAGAGAGCCAGCAAAUAGAAGUGCCAGUUAACUGAUGGACGGUUCACAACGCUAGUAAUUAUAUAUAAGUAAUGAAAAACCAUAUUUUGUAAGAAACGUAUUUCUGUGAGGAUUUGGAGAAUUUUAUUUAACCACUUACGCAAGAAUGGUGUGUAAAAAUCUGAAGUGCGAGUUUUAAAAACAUGAAUAUACGGAUGUUUAAAUCU